AUGGCACGUGGGAAGCGAUACCGCAAAGAAUACAACGACCCCGAUGGGCAAGGAUUUUGUAUUCGCAUCUGGGACAUCAGCAGCAGCGCGAGCAAAUCAGACAUCGAAGAUUUGCUGCGCGAGCAUGGCUUCUCUGCGGAAGUCCACUGGCCAGAAACAGAGGUUGAAGGACCAUAUGAAGGCUGGUGCCGUGUUGAUUUCGAAUCCGGGGACGAGGCCAACAACGCAAGGUCUUGCCUCAACCGCAAGUUUGUACAAGGCGUGAGCAUAAGGACUGGUCCAGUUUGCCCUAUCUCUAAACGAGCUCGCAUUCAACAUGUACGAAUUCCACGUGCACCGAGAAGGACUAAGAAAAAAGUCAAGAGAUCUCAGCCAGUGGUUUCGGAGCAGGCUUACAUUGCCCUUCCGCCUUCAAGUCUGGGUGUUGCCUCAAUUUCAGUGCCAACAAUCAUGAGAUCCCCUGAACCUUUGAUGGAUACAGGCAAAUCACCAGAUAGCGCCUUUGCCCCAUUGCCCAACACAUGGGAACACAGCGAGAACGACACCAAGCAGUACCAUGAGGAUUUCAUGACUGCAAUGGCAUCAGCGGAAGCCAAAUACUAUAACAUUGGUGUUAUCAAUCGACCUAUGGUCAUGACACUUCCUGAUGGACGCCAAACACUACGCCCACUGGUAGCUAGUAAUCAUCCAACAGGAGAACUCUUCACUUACGUCCAGAAAAUUGACGGGGGAAAGGAGUUCGAGAAAGUUCCUCUGGCGCAACUCGCCCUGUGUGAACGCCUUGGCUAG